AAAACGAAUUUGGAGAGAGUUGCAUGUUUGCGGGAAGUGUAGUUUCGGAGCCCUGACAAAAGUGCCGUUAACGCGAUGCAAGCAAUUUACGAAAUGGGUGAACGAGAAUUUGGAAAAAUGAAUGACUGCGAUGCAUUUUCUUGUGUUGACCAAGACGACAUAGUGUCACUUCGCAUAAUUUGCACAUUGGUAGGAAAUAGUCGGUACAAUAUUGAAGCGCUGGACCGAUUCGGAAAUACUCCUUUAUUAUAUGCCUGCUAUCUGGGCCGCUUUGAGUGUGCACGUACGCUACUGGAAUUUAGAGCAAACAUCUAUGCCAUUAAUUAUUUUGGUCAGAACGCACUCACACUUGCCACAUACGCUGGCCAUUUCCAACUAGUGGUCGAGCUUCUUCGCUAUCGUACUUAUCAGGAUUUCAAUUUAUCCUCGCUUAUUCCCGCUGUUUGCGUUGCGGUCAUGCGCCAGCAUUAUGAAAUAAUAAACUUUUUAACACGGCUUGAUUCUGAAGGCACAAUGGAAUUGCAGACAGUGCAUGGGUUGGGCGUUAAGGAUAUGCGACACAUGGUGCGAAAGGCAAAGACACAAACCCAGAAACAAAAACGUUUCUGUUAAUUUUAGUCUCCACAAGAUUAGUUUAAAGUGAUUUUUGUAAUAAUUAUUCGUCUAUUCUAUGCAU